CCGCCGCCGGCCGCGGAGCGCAGCCCCGGGCCCGGCCCCCCGCCAUGGCGCGGGAGAGGCCGCCCGGGAGGGGCUGCGGCGCCCUGCGCCGGUGUGUGCUCGGCGCCGCGCUGCUGCUCGGCCUGCGGCUGUGCGCGGAGCUGCGGCCCUCCGGGCCCCGGCUCCCGGCCCGCAGCGCCCCGCCGGGCCCGGCUCCCCGGCCGCCUGGGCCGCACCUGCCGCCCGCGCCCGACCCGCCUCGCGGCGCCAGCAGGAGGCAGGUGACCUACGUGCGCAGCGGGCGCCGAGCGCCUCCGGAGGGCGGCGGGAGCGGGACGCCGGAGCCGGGCUGCUGCGUCCCGCGCGGGCGUCCCCGCCGGAAGGGUCCCCGGUGGCAUAUAGAUCUCCAGCCAUGGGCAGGUCCUGCUCAGUCCCUGGAUGAAGAAGUCUUGAGGUUCCUGAGAUACAUCAGCACCCCCCAGAUUGCAUGCAAUCACAUGAGCACAGACAGCCUCACUACUGACUCCAGCCCUGCAAAGAAGCCUUGGUCAGUCUGUCUUGAUGACAGGUUUGGCUUAGCUCAUCAGAUCCGCAGCAAGCAAUGCCGCCUCUACUCUUUAGGGCUAGGGAGUGAUGAUACCCAAUUUGAGGUUAGCAUGGCCAACAAUGGAUGUGAGGUACAUCGUUUUGAUCCUAGUGUGAAGUCGGCUCAUAUUCUGGAGAGUCAGCGCCUCUGGUAUCACCGCUUGUCUAUCGACUGGCGGGACCCGCAUCCAGCUGUGGCUGCCCAAAAACCGCAUAGCAACACCAGAAAACUGGGCACCAUUUUGAAUGAAUUUGGGCAUCACAAGAUUGAUGUUCUCAAAGCAGAUCUGGAGAGUGCAGAAUGGAAAGUUUUAGAAAAUCUUAUUCUGGAAGAUGUCCUGGAACAAAUUGGACAGCUCACCUUUGAGAUUCAUCUCCACUGGCCCGGGUUUGAGGUCAGUGGUGGGGACAGCAGUGUCGUGCGAUUCUGGUACAGCCUCCUCAAAGAGUUAGAACUAAAGGGUUUCAGGCUUUUUCAUAGUUACAGAGAUUUAUCUAAACCCCAGCUGUUCCUGAAGAAAGACAUUUUCAAUGCAAGUAGCUGUUACACUCUGAGUUGGGUGAAUACAAGAUGGACCUAGGAUGCAGGACCUCAUGGAGAACUCCGGGAAAUAACUUCAGAAUGAGGCGUGUCCUUGUCCAGUCUCCUCCCGCGAGCCUGUUAGCUGCUCCGGGCGGGGGUGGGGUGGGGUGGGGUGGGGUUGUGUUAUCGCCUUUGUAGUGCACGUAGCCCGGCACCUACCCUGUGGUAGGGACACGGUUAAGACCUGUGGAUGGGAUGGACACCGGAGUGCCACAGGAGUCCAUCUCCAUCUGCCCAAAGCCUGGGCCUUUCUCCUGUUUGCCUCCGACAGAGCGGGGAUGCUUGUCCUUCUUCGUUUUAACUGGGAAGAUAACCCUCCACUUAUCUGUGUUCCCUAAAAUUCAUUAUGCAUCUAAAAUCUAUGAAUUCACCAACAUGAGGAAGAAAUUACCUAACAUUUCCAUUUUUACUGAGUUGAUGAGAUUCUUAAGUUUGUAGCUUACUGUUUAAAAGAGGGCCUUUCCUUUGACUGUCACUCCCCUCUUUCAGGGUUUUUCUUGUUCACCUGGUCAAUGACAUUCUUUAGGACCUUGUAGAUUUCAGUCAUUCCUCCUCAGCCUUUGCUGAGGCCAUGCUGUGGCUUUAUAAUCACCCCUGGUUCUGGUUUCUGGGGACUCAGACGCACCAAAUUCUGUCACCGAGCUUAAAAGCCUAGACUAUGCAGAACCUCAACUCAGGAUUCUUUUCAGACUCAGCCUUAAAUCCCCUUCUGUUCCUAUGAAACCAAGCACAAAGCAGAAUCUGGGUGUCUUUGCUGUUGCCUCCACUGACUUCAGACCUGACUUCCCAACCACAGCCUUGCCUAUCCUGUCAAAUUUUUUUUUUUUUGAUACAUUAUGUCAAGGAUUAAGUGAGUUUUUCUCUACUGCCAGUUGGCAUUUGUUAGAAGACCAUGGCCUGAGAGCCAAAGUCUGUCUCUUUCCUGGGAUGCUUACAUAGUGUUUUAGUAACACCAAUCCUUUCUGUAUUUUUAGAAAUUAAACAGAAAAUGUAGGUUCUCAGUAGUUCAAAUGAUCUCCAUCAUUUUUAUUUAUAGGAUUAGAUAUUUACCCCCACAAAUGAUUUUCAAAAAUUCUAUUUCAAAUAAGUCAAUUGAAUAGCAUAAAAACAAACCAAGUUAUUACCUUAUUAUAAAUUAAGUAUAUUUUCUGGCAUUUUUUACAUCAUGAGAGAGCAGGAAAACUAUAUAUCCAUUGUUGGUUCAAGAAAUUUGGGGAGAGAGUAGAAUGCUGGUUGCUACUAGACUUUAUCCCUUCUUCCUGUUUUUUACCUCCUUCUACCCCAGAUGUUCCCUGGGCUGGCUUUUUGUUUCUUGCAGUGGUUUGAAAAUACCAUGCCAUCAAGUGAGAAACCAAAAUAUAGGAGAGUUAGAUGAUCUUAUUCACUUCAGUUCAAAAGGGAACAAGACUUUCUGAA